UGAUGAUUGAAUAAUAAAAGAGUUAAUUAAGGAAUGUUGAAUAAAUAAAACAAAUAAAUAAAAAUGGGUGUAUCUCCUUAUCUCUUUCUUCAACGGGAGAUUCUGCUUUUCCCAACGUAGAGACAAAAAGGAGAACGCAGUCCACACACACACCACAGUGAAUCCAGAGAGAGAGAGAGAGAGAAACAAACUCAUCGAACAAUUUUGAUUUCAAAAUUCAAAAUCCUCCCACUGUUUCCGAUCCAUCAUGCCGCCUGGUGCUAAGAAGAGGAAGGCGUUGAAGAAGAAGCAGCAGCAGCAGCAGCAGCAAGCGAUUGGAACAAGUACGAACGGCGAUAAUCUCCACGGAGGAAAUGAGGAACAUGGAAGCCAACAAGAUGAUAGGGAGAGUGAUGGCAACUUGAGCUCCCCUGGCUCUCAAGGAAAUGAAGAAUUUGGUGGGAUGAAAGAUCCGUCUGCUGCUAUGGUGAAGGACACUGCUAAAGAGAUAACAGAGGCUACUCAGGGACUAGAACCAAACAAUGGAAAUGGUAUUGCACUUGACAAGAAAACUAUUGUGGAGAAGAGUGGAAAUGUUAUUGCAGUUGAAAGAGGAACGGAUGAAGUGGAGAAAUCACCCAUUUCCUCUUGUGUUAAGGAGACAGCUCCCGUUGUCGAUUCUGUCUCCAAAGUGGUGAUUUCUGAAGAGAGUGAGCAUGCUGAGACCUCGAAUUUGGUCAAACACAAGUCUGGUGCUGGUGAAAAUGGUAAGGUGGCUACUCUUCCAGGGUCUGCUUCUGGAACUAGCAAAAUGGUAGAGAGUGUAAGAGAAUCUGAAGUUCCAUCAUCCCCUGAGGAAAAGCGUCUUUUGUUGCCUGGUCCACCAGCCGUCCGUACUUCGUGGUUGAGUUGCUGCGGUUUGUUUGAUGCGAUGACAGGAUCUGACAGAUAAGCACAGACCAGCAGGAGUGAGAUGAAGGUGGACGCACAUGGCAGUCAAAGCUCAAAAACAAGAGAAAAAACAGGAUUCACGGUCGGUACACUCUUCUCUGUACAUCAUCUUUGAUAGAUAAUAAUGUGUGCGGCUUUUAGCAAUAUACAAACAAGACCAACAUGGUUAAAUUUUCAUUUUCUUUCUUUGAAAUACAUUCUUCAUUUGUUCAUUAAAAGAUUUUAGAUUCGUGAGACUACAUAUAGCUCUAGUUUUUUCUUAUCAA